AUGUCUUUUCCAUUUCGCGUCGUGGAACACGUAGUUCCAGGACAGUAUAUCAGGGAAUACCCACGAGCAACGUCGACGUCGCAAGAAGAAACGCUGCAUCUGGCUGUUAAGCAAUAUAUCCCACUGGACAAUCCCAAUCCCAAACCAGGCGAUGUCACCAUCAUCGCGGCGCAUGCGAAUGGGUUUCCCAAGGAACUAUAUGAACCACUCUGGGAAGACCUGCACGCGCGGGCAAAACGUCAAGGGUUCCAGAUACGCAGCAUCUGGAUGGCCGAUGUUGCGCACCAAGGCCAGAGCGGAGUGAUGAACGACAACAAACUCGGAAAUGACCCAAGCUGGUACGAUCAUUCGAGAGAUCUUUUGCAUCUGAUCAAUCUCAAACGCGAUGAAAUGCCCCGUCCGCUUGUAGGGAUAGGUCACAGCAUGGGUGGUGCACAGCUAAUACACUUGUCGCUCUCUCUGCCCCGUCUCUUCCACAGUCUAGUAUUACUAGAUCCAGUGGCGCAACGAGAAACGACACAGUAUCCAGAAAAGUUCGAAGGAAGAUACGUUCCUCUAAACACCAUACUUUCAACACACAGACGGGAUACAUGGGCCUCUCGGAAAGCCGCACUGGAAAGCUUCAAUCGCAGUCCCUUUUACAAAGCCUGGAACCCACGCGUUCUGGAGAGAUGGGUCCAAUAUGGACUCCGAGAGCUACCAACUCUCACCCACCCCUUGCCAUCGACAGACCAACAAAAGACUAGCGAGCGGCCAGUCACGCUGAAAACAACGCGGCAUCAAGAAGUCUUUACCUUUUCCCGACCAAACUACGACUACGACACCACAACCGAUAAACCUGCCAGUAUUUUAGAUACUCCAGAUCUCAUACCCAACGAACGAAACCCACACCCUUUCUACCGAGUAGAACCUAUCCAGAUCUUUAACAAUCUACCACACCUUCGGCCCAGCGUGCUGUACAUCUUUGGCGGCCAAUCAAACAUGUGCCUACCACACAUGAUGGAAGACAAGCUCAACACCACCGGAAUCGGAGCCGGCGGCAACGGCGGUGUCGCCGCAGGACGAGUCCAAUCCGUGCUUUUCGAGGACAAGGGCCAUCUACUAGCUCAGGAAGCGGUCGUUGAAUGCGCCGACGCAGCUGCUGGGUUUUUUGGGGCUGAAUUGAAGCGGUGGAAGGUCGAAGAGGGGGCAUUUAAAGGGCAGUGGGAUCGGAAAUCAAAAGUGGAAAAGGUUACGGUUGAUGAGCGCUGGCUGAAAGAGGUUGGGCCACCGCCGUCGAGGCCGCCGAGGAAUACGGAUGGCAACUCAAAAUCCAAGCUAUGA